GAGAAAUAUUACACAAAUAUGCUGCACCGUCCGUGUUAUUGUCUAUCUUUGAUUUCUGCAGUGUUUCUUAUCUCAACUCGUCUAUGUUCUGGCUUCCAUAGGCAUGGAAUAGACGAAGCAUUUGACCACUCAAAAGAAGCUUCAUAUUUUCCACUGGAUGCAAUCCAUCGCGAUGCUCAGUAUGAUCAUACACCUGGUGGUCACGGCAGUGGUUAUGGAGAUGACUACGGUGAAUAUAGUGCAGGAUAUGGACAACACGGUCAUGAUGAUUAUGAGGCUAGUCUAGCAGAUAAUUCUAUCGCAAAAUUAAAAGAAAUUCAUGCAGGAACAGGUGGUAGUGGUGGUGGUGGUGAGCAUUACUCAGAUGACGGUGGAUAUGACGAUUACAAUGAACAUGGAGGCUAUUAAUAUUAUAAAAUGCAGAGUUGUUGAACACUGCAUCACUCAUGUUAUCUAAAUAUUAAGUAUAUACAUAUAAAAAUAAUGUUACUGCAAAAGAUACUUUCAGCCCU